UAUUAUUUAUCACUUAAAAAUUGGAUGGAUAUCCACGCGAAAUUUAUGUGUGUAAAAAAUAAUAUUUUUUGUUUACCUGAAUUAUUUAUUCCAAGGGUCUUCGAGCGAUAACGAUUCCUCGAAAUAAAAUGGGUACCUUUCUAUCAGAAUCUGCGUACCUGAUUUAUGCGGUCUCUCCGAAGGAUGGAGGUCUCCCCUAUACUGGAAUACCUCUGAAGGAUUUGAAAGGUAACAACACAGUUCGAACGAUUCACUUCUGGAUCGGCAACAGCUGUGACUCGACGGUCUCUGGAGCGGCUGCCCUCCGAGCGGCUGAACUCGAUUCCCAGAUAUCCGCAACAAUUCUUCAACGGGAAUCAGAAGGUCGUGAAUCACCGCGAUUUCUCGCGUACUUCCGCCAAGGAUUGACAAUCGAACGAGCGCAUUUUGAUCGUCCAGAAGUGUCUCUUCACCGAGUGACAGGUCUGUCAGUGCCGAUCCUCACCGAGCUGGAGACCCUCUCUUGGGAGGAUUUUUCAUCCAGCGACGUGAUGCUGCUGGAUAUCCAGACUAGAGGCCUCGUCUUCCUGUGGCUAGGAUCAGGCUCCAGCUCGCUGCACAAAAGACAUGCAUUGCGAUAUCUCGAUGAUCGGAAGGAGAAUAACAACGUGAGAGUGGUGAUCGUUGAGGAUGGAUAUGAGCAGACACUUCGUGGAGAUGAAAAACGAAUUUUUGAUAGCAUUUUGGACCCGAGGGAACGCUCGGUGUUGCCACAGCCUCCGAGGAAAAUUUCUCAGCCUUCGCCGAUCAAAUUGUAUAAAUGUUGUGAACAAUCGGGAAAGUACAAAGUGGCGGAACUCAAGGCUGGACCGAUUUUUAGAGGCGAUUUAAUAUCGAGUGCUGUCUUCCUAAUCGAUCGGGGGGAGACUGGUGUCUGGGCAUGGGUUGGUCGUGAAGUAGACGCCCGAGAGAAAUUGGAGGCAGUGCGAAAUGCCCGGGGUUUUGUGAAGAAAAAGGGGUACAGCAGUUGCGUUCCAGUGGCUCGUGCACUAGAAGGUGAAGAGCCACCGGAGCUGAAAACCCUGUUGAGAAGCUGGGACGUAGUGAAGACACGACCCCUAACACUUCCCCCUUGCUUCGACCCCGAGUACAUGACAGAAAGACCGAAGAUGGCUGCUGAGUGUCAACUGGUUGACGAUGGAAGCGGAAGAAGAACUCUCUGGAGGAUUUCAAAAAAGGAUGGGAUGAAAGAAGUCAACGAGCACGGAGCACUAGCUGGCGUUUACUUCGCUGGGCUUUGCUACGUGAUGAAGUACUGCUACGGAAGUGGAAGAAGAGAACGAACAAUUAUCUAUUGCUGGGAAGGGGCGCAUUCUACGAGUGUAGAUCGUGAGGCUGCCCUAGAUGCAGCUUGCAGAUUAUCUCAAGAAACUUCCGGACAAUUGGUGAAGGCUUCCCAAGGUCGUGAGCCCCCGCAUUUACUCCAAAUUUAUGCUGGCAAACUUCGAAUUUUAUCUGGACAACAUCAAGAAACAUUGAUUAGGUGA